GUGUGCGUGGAUGGAUGGAUAGUAGCCUGUACCACCGGGCUGUGCUGUAUGAAGCUGAUGCUGCUGGAGGAGCGCACACACACCUACACACACACACACACGCGCGCGCGCACUGACUGAGAGUGUGUGAGCCAGUCAGUCAGUCAGUGUGAGUGUGUGAGCCAUGUUGGAUGUGAAUGAACGAGAGGAGAGAUGCUGCUGCUGCCGCCGCGCCGCUCCUAACGCUCACACCUCCAGCUCUACGGACCACAGCGGGUAGAUGCCAACUCUCCAGGCCGACGCAGAGACGGGGGAGCCUGGGGGAAGGUGUCGGGCGGUGCCGGCGGUGCUGGAACUGGUCACCUAGCCGGAACGAGAGAGGGAGAGAGAGCGAGAGAGAGAGAGAGAGAGAAAGAGAAAGAGAGAGAAGUAACGGUGGAAAAGGAAAGACGCACUUAGAGAGACGGGAAGAGAGAAAAGGCAGAGGUGAGGGAGAAAGGAGGGGACAGACGGAGAAAGGAAGAGACUAAAUGGCUGCACUGCUGUCGGGCUUCACCCCGCUCCUGCUCUCGUCUCUGGCUCUCCACUUGCUUCUCCUCGGCCCUUUGUUUGCCCUCACCCCGGGGACGGGGAUCACAGGAGGGGAUUCCACCCUAUGGACCCCGGGCCUCUGUCAUCGAGACGCCGGUAAAGUGAGCCAGGAGCAACAGCGGCAGCGGAGCGAGGAAGCAGGAGAGUCACAGACUGGCAGCUGGUGUCUACGCCCAGGCAGGUGGAGCGUAGAGCGGAUACACACUGAUGGAAGCUCUGGAGUGCAGCGAGCUGGAGGUUUUAAACAGGACGGGACAAGGAGGGAGAGACUGAAACAAGCCGGGACGCUUUGGAGGAAGUGGAGUGGCGAUGGUCCAGUAUUUCCACCCUCUCCUCCCCCUCUCCCCCCAGGUAUUCGGAGCAGGAGCUCAGAUGGCGUCAGCUCUGGGGAGGGAACGGAGAGAGGGAGGAUGGAGAGGAGGAAGGGCGUUGUUUCCUCUCCCGGUUCACCUGCUUUCACUUCGUCGCCGGUUCAAAGCGGCAAGAAACGGUCAGUACAAAGGACUAGAGAGUGCGAGCAACGCUGGCCGGCGUCAAGGCCACACCUCACUAAACGUGGCGGCGCCAGAGCCUUUGUGCACGCCUCUGGUCUGCGUGGGGCACCCGGAAGUCGAGGGAAGACGCCGGUAGAGGAGUUGCAGAGGGCUUAUGAGGUGAAGAAGCCUUUGGGCUCACGGUGCUCUCCGACAUCUGAGCAUCUCUGCUGGUUUUCACUCUCUAGCUCUGUUGCCAACAAACCCUCACUGGGCCACAUGCCAACCGGUGGCUCUUGUUGCAUUCCCCCUCUUUAUGGAUACAGUUCACCAAAUGCUCAGGCUUCAAACCACACCUUCAGAUUUAAUCUGAGCAUCACUAAAAAAUCGGACCAUAUCCGGAGAUCAAAUGUGGUCCAUAUCUGUCAUUUUCCAGCUUACAAUUCCUUCCAGAUCUGUGACAGAGAUAAAACGCAGCCACAUCCUGGUUACAGGAACAGCUGCAACAACAAGGCUGUUGAUGGUGAUGGGGGCUCAACCAGUAAUUGUUCUGAUUUGGACAAGAACAAUGUUAUCGACCUUAGCAGCAACAACGAAGGGGGUGAUGAUAGUUGUUUGACUGGGUGCAGGAGGGAGAGGAGUGAAGGGCAUAAGGAGGAGGGGAAGGAAGUGCACAGGUGUAACACAGUGAUUAACCUCUGUACCAGGGGGCACAUGGGAUGCUGUGAGCCACCUUUCCAUUACGCAAAGUAUAGGUACAGAUAUACCAAAAUUAGGAAUGAAGGGAGGGUCAUUAAUUAUAGGAAAGAGGGAAAUUAUGGAGGGGGGGUGAAACAAGGCAACCAACAGAUUCAUUUAUGCAAUUAUCCGGAUAAUGAUUUGGUUUUCUCAAUUCUGUCGCUUCUAUCUAGGGUUAAUAAUGAGCUUCGACAUGGGAAAUCAGCACCACAAACUAAAGGGCAGAGCAGGCAAACCCAGGGAGAGAGCAGGGUGUUUCCCGGUGCUUGUUUCGGCUGUUUGGACAGAAUAGAAAUGGGGGAUGGAUAUUUAGCUGAGUUUAUGGUCCCCGAGGGAGGCAUAGCUCAGAGAAAUCUCCCCAUCCAAUUUACCCCCAGCAACAUAACCGGGACGCAUGGCCAACAUGUUUUAUCCAGCAACAGCACAAUUCAGGAAAUCACAUUAAACUACCCUGGCCCGGUGCUCAACACGCCUAUCAACAGACACACGGAUGAUUAUGCAGUCGAUGGAAAACUAUACAAACCACUUCAACUGUCUGCAGUACACACUUGUGAAACAGAGCCUCUUGGUGACUCUGGCUUUUUCUCACCUGCUGAACUUCCCGUUAAACCUCAUAGUAAUGUUUUGUCAGCCACAUCUCAUUCUGCAAGUGGAAUAAAACCUCGUCUUCUCACAACAGCAAAUCACACCACAGAGUUUUCAGUACCACGGACAGCGCCACUCGACUCUCUGAGUGUGUUUUUGUGGAGCUCUUUCAACUCUAACAAAAACAACAAUAACAACAAUGAAGAGGAGAAGGGAACUGAUGUGGUAAAUGGACAAAGUCGUGGAUCUGAAAUGGAAAAAUCUUUGUGGCACGCUCUUCCACAGCAGCCAAACCUGUGGGAGAGCGCACCGCAUGACAUAGUUCAAGCGGCGUGCGCUGACAGCAUUUCCACUGACUCUUCAGCCACUGAGCACCGGGAUCAGGCACACAUGCAAUUAAAAUCCGGUAAGCAAGUGCCUUUAGAGCUAGAACGUGUCAGACAGUCGCAUAUGCAGCAGAUGGGGGCUGAGGGAGGAAGAGAGAAGGAGGGAGAGUGGGUAGGAGAGGGCUUGGAGGGGUCCGCUGCUGUUGAUGCUGCUGCUGCUGGGGGAGGAAAAUUACAGGUGGGGGAGGGCAAAAGAGAGGCGCGGCUGAUGGGAGGGAGAGAACCAAGGGGAGAGGAGGCGGAGUGGGAGAGGGAAAAGGGAAUAACAAAGGCAAGCCAGGCAGAGGAGAGAGAGAGAGAAGCAGAGAGAGGGAAGGGUCAGGACAGGGGCACCAGCACCACCGGCAUCACACAACUAAAUAGCAAAAGGGAGAAAAAAGAUAGCAAGGCGGAUGAAAGCCAUGAGGAGGGAGAGGUGGAUGGGGAGAAAGAUGAGGAGGGGAGGCAUAGCUCAAGGGGAGAGAGGAGUCUGGAGCGACUGAUAAUGGUAGCAGAUGAUGAAACCUCACAGGGAGAGAGGGAGAGGAAAACGCUGAUGCCAGGGCCUCGCUCACGGCGUGCAGCCAACAGACAUCCCCAUUUCUCCCUGUACAACUACCAAGUACAAGUGGCUGAGAACCAGCCACCUGGCACAUCAGUCAUCAUCAUGUCUGCCUCAGACCAAGAUGCAGGAGAUGCAGGCAGAGUCAGUUACACAAUGUCCCCACUGAUGAACAGUCGCUCAUCGGACUACUUCCACAUCCACCCAGACACAGGACUCAUCACCUCCACUCAGAUUCUUGACAGAGAACACAUGGAUCUACAUUACUUCCGGGUCACAGCAACUGAUUAUGGCUCCCCUCGUCUUUCUGGCACCACAAUGGUUGCUAUAACUGUGGCAGACCGUAAUGACCAUUCUCCAAUAUUUGAACAGACAGAGUACAGGGAGACAAUCAGGGAGAAUGUAGAGGAAGGCUAUCCCAUCUUACAGCUCAGAGCAACAGAUUCAGACUCCCCAUCCAAUGCUAAUAUUCGUUACCGGUUUGUUGGCGACACAGCUACAAUAGCACGAUCGGCCUUUGAGAUUGACCCACGCUCUGGCCUCAUUACAACCCGUGGAGCAGUGGACCGAGAAACAAAUGAACACUAUACUCUCCAGGUGGAGGCCAGUGACCAGGGAAAAGACCCGGGACCACGCUCUGCCACUGUCAAAGUUUUCAUCACUGUGCUGGAUGAAAAUGACAAUGUGCCACAAUUCAGUGAAAAGCGAUACGUGGUGGCAGUGAAGGAGGAUGUACGGCCUCACACUGAGAUCCUUCGUGUCAGUGCGACAGACCGGGACAAAGACAGUAAUGCUGCAGUUCACUACAACAUAAUCAGCGGUAACAGUCGUGGUCAGUUUUCCAUUGACAGUGUCACAGGUGAGAUCCAGGUGGUGGCACCACUGGACUAUGAGUCUGAACGGGAGUACACACUCCGUGUUCGAGCACAGGACAAUGGCCGCCCGCCUCUCUCUAACAACACUGGGAUUGUGAGUGUACAAGUGACAGACGUUAAUGACAACCCCCCAAUCUUUGUCUCCACGCCAUUCCAGGCAUCUGUGCUUGAGAGUGCCCCUGUUGGUAGCUCUAUCCUCCACAUCCAGGCAAUUGAUACAGAUUCUGCUGAUAAUGCUCGCCUGGAGUACAGGUUAACUGGUACCGGCUCUGACACACCCUUUGUUAUCAAUUCUGCCACAGGCUGGGUCACAGUCCGCUCCAUUCUGGACCGAGAAAGUGUAGAACACUAUUUCUUUGGCGUGGAGGCCAGGGAUUAUGGGAUGCCGCCACUUUCGGCUACAGCGAGUGUUACCAUUACAGUGAUGGAUGUUAAUGACAACCGCCCCGAGUUCCUCCAGAAGGAGUACUAUGCUCGCCUGAAUGAGGAUGCUUCAGUCGGUACCAGUGUAGUGACUGUGACGGCAAUAGACCGUGAUGUCAACAGCGCGGUGACGUAUCAAAUAACGGGAGGAAACACCAGAAACCGCUUUGCUAUCAGCACAGCCGGAGGGGCUGGACUUCUCUCCUUAGCCCUCCCACUGGACUACAAACAGGAGCGGCGUUAUGUUCUCACAGUCACCGCCUCAGAUCGCACGCUCCACGACACCUGCCAAGUACAUGUCAACAUCACAGAUGCCAAUACACAUCGGCCUGUAUUCCAGAGUGCCCACUACUCUGUUAGUGUGAAUGAGGAUCAGCCACCUGGAAGCACUGUGGUUGUGAUCAGUGCCACAGAUGAUGAUGUUGGUGAAAAUGCGCGAAUCACAUACUUCCUUGAGGAUAACAUCCCACAAUUCCGCAUUGACCCAGCAACAGGAGCUAUAACCCUCCAAGCAGAGCUGGAUUAUGAGGAUCAGAUGACCUACACUUUGGCCAUAACGGCUAAAGAUAAUGGCAUACCACAGAAGGCAGAUACUACUUAUGUUGAGGUCAAUGUUAAUGAUGUGAAUGACAAUGCGCCACAGUUCCUCAGCCCUAGAUAUCAGGGAACAGUGAGUGAAGAUGCUCCUCCCUUUACCAGUGUCCUCCAAAUCUCUGCCACAGACCGCGAUGCACACGCCAACGGUCGCGUUCAGUACACCUUUCAAAAUGGCGAGGACGGGGACGGAGAUUUCACCAUUGAACCUACAUCUGGCAUUGUACGAACAGUCAGACGUUUAGACCGCGAAAGUGUGCCAUUCUACGAGCUGACCGCUUAUGCUGUAGAUCGUGGUGUGCCACCUCAGCGGACUCCAGUUCACAUCCAGGUGACAGUUCUGGAUGUGAACGACAACGCCCCCGUUUUCCCUGCUGAUGACUUUGAAGUUUUAGUGAAGGAAAACAGUGCAGUGGGCUCUGUGGUGGCCCAGAUCACAGCCACUGACCCGGAUGAGGGCGCAAAUGCCCAGAUCAUGUAUCAAAUUGUGGAGGGUAACAUUCCUGAAAUCUUCCAGAUGGAUAUCUUUUCAGGGGAGCUCACUUCCCUUAUUGAUCUUGACUAUGAGGCCCGAAAUGAGUAUGUCAUUGUAGUGCAGGCUACAUCAGCACCUCUAGUCAGCAGAGCCACUGUGCGGAUCCGACUGGUGGACCAGAAUGACAAUCGGCCCACACUGCGCGACUUCCAAAUUAUUUUCAACAACUUUGUGUCCAAUCGCUCAAACAGUUUCCCUAGCGGGGUAAUCGGGAGGGUACCCGCCUACGACCCCGAUGUGUCAGACAGGCUGUACUACACCAUUGACAGGGGGAACGAGCUUCACCUGCUGCUCCUGAAUCACACCAGUGGAGAGAUCCGACUGAGCCGAAAACUGGAUAACAACAGGCCUCUGGUGGCUCCCAUGCUGAUCACCGUCACGGAUGGUGUCCACAGCAUAUCGGCCCAGUGCAUCCUCCGUGUUCUCAUCAUCACCGAGGACAUGCUGGGAAGCAGCGUCACUGUCCGUCUCCAGAACAUGUCCCAGGAGCACUUCUUGUCACCAUUGCUGGGUAACUUCCUGGAAGGUGUGUCGGCCGUGCUCUCAGUGCCCGUCGAGGACGUUUUCAUCUUCAACAUCCAGCCAGACUUGGACGCGGCGCCUGGAGGGAUCCUGAACAUCAGCUUCUCUGCUGCUUUACCUGGUGGAAACUUCUUCCCUUCUGAAGCAUUGGAGGAGCAGCUGUACCUGAACAGGCUGAGGCUGACAUCACUGACACAGAUGGAGGUUCUUCCAUUUGACGACAACGUUUGUCUGCGUGAGCCGUGCCAGAACUACAUGAAGUGCAUCUCGGUGCUGCGCUUCAACAGCUCUGCCCCCUUCAUCUCCUCAACCUCCAUCCUGUUCCGGCCCAUCCACCCCAUCGCGGGCCUGCGCUGCCGAUGCCCCGUGGGCUUCACGGGGGAUUACUGUGAGACGGAGAUCAACCUGUGUUACUCCAACCCCUGCCUGAACGGAGGGGUGUGUGCCCGCAGAGAGGGAGGUUACACCUGCAUCUGCCGGGAAGACUUCACCGGUGACCGCUGUGAGUUUGACCGGCGUCAGGGCAGAUGUGUACCAGGUGUGUGUCUUAAUGGAGGAACAUGUCGAGAGCUUUCCGGUGGAGGUUUCCGCUGUGAGUGUCCUGCAGGAGGCUACGAGCGACCUUACUGCACCGUCACCGCCCGAUCCUUCCCACCCAAGUCCUUUGUCAUGUUCCGGGGCCUCAGACAGAGAUUCCAUCUCUCUAUCUCAUUAACUUUUGCCACGCUGGAGAACAGUGGUCUGCUCUUCUAUAAUGGACGCUUCAAUGAGAAACAUGACUUUGUUGCCUUGGAGAUCCAUGAAGGACAGGUGGUGCUCAAAUAUUCUACAGGUGAAACAUCCACUCAGGUGAGUCCCUUCCUGCACGGCGGCGUGAGCGAUGGAAACUGGCACACAGUUCACAUCCACUAUUACAACAAGCCUGCUACACGUUAUCCGAAGCGCAGUAUGAGUGGUGAGGCCCAGGGUCCGUCGGAUGAGAAGAUUGCUGUGGUGAGCAUAGACGACUGCGAUACGGCCUUGUCUCUUCGCUUUGGUACACAGCUCGGAAAUUAUAGCUGCGCUGCACAAGGCAAACAGACCAGCAGCAAGAAGUCUCUGGAUCUGACUGGUCCAUUGUUUCUGGGUGGAGUUCCCAAUGUACCAGACAACUUCCCGUUUGGUGCCCGGGAGUUUAUUGGCUGUAUGAAGGAGCUACACAUUGACAACAAGCCUCUGGACUUGGCUGGAUUUAUAGCAAACAAUGGAACUGUUCCUGGCUGCAGUGCCAAACUGGCUUUUUGCAAGUCCAACCCCUGUCAGAAUGGCGGAACGUGCAGUGUGAGCUGGGAGACUUUCUCCUGUGACUGUCCACUGGGGUACGGAGGAAAGGACUGUAGCCAUGUGUUGCCACACGCCCACCGCUUCCUGGGUAACAGUGCCCUCUGGUGGGACCUGAAGAAUGACGUGACCAUUUCCACGCCGUGGUACCUGGGAUUGGUGUUCAGAACCAGAGCGCAACAGGGGACGCUGCUGCAGGCUCAGGCCGGACAGUACACCAGCCUGCUGUUCCAGGUGAUAAACGGUCAGCUGGUGUUCUCGGUGACCCGCGGUUCGACCAGACCGGUGCGUUUGCGGUUGGACCAGGUUCAGGUGGCAGACGGCCGAUGGCAUGAUCUCCAGCUGGAGCUGCGAGAUGUCCACAGUGGCCGCGAGACCCGUUACGUUGCCACGCUUCGGCUGGACUUUGGACUAUAUCAGGGAACAGUGAUAGUGGGAAAUGAGAUUCAUGGUUUGAAGGUGAAACAUCUGCAUGUGGGAGGAGUUCUGGGAUCUGGAGAGGUUCAGAACGGGAUAAGAGGAUGCAUACAGGGUGUCCGAUUGGGUGUCCGGCCUGACUCCCCUCCCUUGCCCCGCCCAUCAAAAUCUGUCAAAGCAGAGAUCGGGUGCACCGUUGGAAAUCCCUGUGUCUCGUCUCCAUGCCCCGCCCACAGCCGCUGUUCCGACCAAUGGGAGCGGCAUGCUUGUAUCUGUGAAUCUGGUUACUAUGGUAGAGGCUGCACUGACGCUUGUCACCUGAAUCCGUGUGAAAACGAGGCUCGGUGCCACAGGAAACCCAGCUCUUCCCAUGGAUACACCUGUGACUGUGGAGACAACCAUUAUGGGCAGUACUGCCAACACAGGAUUGAUCACCAGUGUCCCAGAGGCUGGUGGGGGUCACCGUCCUGUGGACCGUGUCACUGUGACGCCAAUAAAGGUUUUGACCCUGACUGUAACAAGACCAGCGGACACUGUCACUGCAAGGAGUUUCACUAUCACCCACGAGGCUCUGACACGUGCCUGCCGUGUGACUGCUACCCAGUCGGUUCUUUCUCACGGUCAUGUGACCCAGAAACCGGCCAGUGUCAGUGCAGGCCCGGCGUCAUUGGUCGUCAGUGCAACUCAUGUGACAGUCCCUUUGCUGAGGUCACAAAUUCAGGCUGUGACGUCAUUUAUGAUGGUUGCCCAAAGACCAUCACUCAGGGGAUCUGGUGGCCUCGGACCAAGUUCAACCUGCCAGCUGCAGUGCCUUGCCCCAAAGGCUCUGUUGGUGCAGCCAUUAGACACUGUGAUGCAGAGAGAGGAUGGCUGGAGCCCGACCUUUACAACUGCACCUCACCUCCAUUUGUGGAGCUCAAUGUUGCGCUUGAUUCUCUGGAGCGUAAUGAGACGGAGCUGAACACCAUCAUGGAGAAGAAGCUUGCCCACCAGCUCCGCGACGUCACUGAGGCAACCACCCGUCUCUACGGCAAUGACUUGCAGAUUGCCGAACGACUGCUCUCUCGCCUCCUGACCUUCGAGGGCCAACAAACGGGCUUCGGACUCACGGCGACACAGGACGCGCACUUCAAUGAGAACAUUCUGCGAGGCUGCAGCGUGCUGUUGGGACCCGCCACCUCUGGCCUCUGGCGGGCUCUUGCUCAGAGUCAGAACCACAUCCCAGGUGGAGGUCCAGCUGAGCUAACAGAGCUGCUGGAACAAUACACCCAGACUCUGGCUCAGAACAUGAAGCUCACAUAUCUCAACCCUGUGGCUCUGGUUGCUCCAAACAUAGUCAUGAACCUGGACCGCGUUGACAACCACACCCAUGUGCGGCGGCGUUUCCCACGUUACCACACCACCCUGUUUCGCGGGCAGACCGUGUGGGAUCCGAACACUCAUGUAAUACUGCCCCCUGCUGCCCUGGUGCCACAACGACAGCAACAGCACAACUGGAAGGAGAAGGAGCGGACGGAUAAAGAACCCCCAGCUUCUCAGAACGCUGCUCCAGUGCCUGUUAGCACAGCAGCCAAUCAGACAGGAGAAUACACUGCAGCCAGGCGCACUGUCUCACUGCCAGAGCCACCUCUCACCAUCAUCAUCUUGUUGAUCUAUCGCAGUCUGGGUGCGGCUCUUCCUCCCAAGUAUCACACAGACCGACGAGGAGUGAGGCUUCCCAGACACCCAGUAAUGAACUCCCCAGUGGUCACUGUUUCUGUCUACAAUAACCAGACGUUUGUGGGUGGACACUUGGACCAGCCCAUUCUGCUUGAGUUCAAGCUGCUGGAGACGACGAAUCGCAGUAAGCCACUGUGUGUGCAGUGGAACUACAGCAACCAUUAUGAGAUAGGAGGAUGUUGGACGGUGAGGGAUUGUACGGUGGUGUACAGGAACACGUCUCACGUCCGCUGUCAGUGCCAGAGACUCGGCACCUUCGGUGUGCUGAUGGACAGCUCACAGAGAGAGCAGUUGGAGGGGGAUUUGGAGAUGCUGGCGCUGGUCACGUACUCUUCUCUGUGUGUCUCAAUGUUGGCCCUCCUCCUCACUGUGCUGGUGCUCUCCUGCCUCCACGGCCUCAAGUCCAAUACCAGGAGCAUCCAUUCAAACACAGCAGCAGCCAUGUUUUUAUCUGAGCUGGUUUUCCUGGCUGGGGUCAAUCAGACUGAACAGCAGUUUCUGUGCACAGUCGUCGCCAUCCUGCUGCAUUACUUUUUCAUGUCCACGUUUGCUUGGAUGUUCGUGGAGGGCCUUCAUAUCUACCGAAUGCAGACUGAGCAGCGCAACAUCAACUACGGAGCCAUGAGAUUCUACUAUGCCAUUGGCUGGGGUGUGCCCGCCAUUAUCACAGGUCUGGCAGUGGGAUUAGACCCAGAGGGUUAUGGGAACCCAGACUUUUGUUGGAUUUCUAUCUACGACAAACUCAUCUGGAGCUUCGCUGGUCCUGUUGCCAUUGUCAUACUGCUGAAUGGAGGGAUUUUCAUGAUUGUGGCCAAGAUGUCCUGCAACCCGUCACAGAAGGAGACUAAGAAGCUCCCGGUCAUUGCAACUAUCCGCAACGCCUUUCUGCUGUUGCUGGUCGCGACCUCCACUUGGCUGUGUGGCCUCAUGGCUGUGAACAACAGCAUCCUUGCAUUCUACUACAUAUUUAAUGUCCUUUGCCUCGUGCAGGGUCUGUCGGUGAUGCUGGUGUUCACCGUGUUCAACCCAGAGUUUCAGGAAGCCUGGAGAGUCGCAUGUCUGGGUAAGAAGGGCCCUGUAGAAGACCCACCAAGACCAGCACAGAGCACAGCUCAGAAUCCAUAUCACAAUGCAUCUCUGUUGGAGCAGAGUGGGCUGCACCGCAUCACCCUGGGAACAUCCACCGUCUCGUCUGUCAGCUCUGCCAGAGAAAAUCUUUUGGCUCGUCAAACUCUGGAGCAAAAUAUCGUCCACACUGGUGCGACAGACCUGGACGUAGCCAUGUUCCAUAGAGACGGAGGUGAGGACUCAGACUCGGAUUCAGACCUUUCCAUGGAAGAGGAGCGCAGUCUCUCCAUCCCUUCCUCGGAGAGUGAGGAUAACGUCCGACUCCGUGGGCGCAUCCAGCGGAGAUUCAAACGCUCCAAUCACAGUGAGCGCCUGCUCACUGAGCCCGCCCACAAUGGCACCAAAGAUCUGGACGGAAAUGACCUUCUGUCCUAUUGGCCAGCAUUGGAAGAGAGUGACACACAAAGCCUGCAAAAGUGGGGCUCAGAGCGCCCCCUGGGAGGAGAUUACAGCAAGGACGCUGCCAACAACAACCAGGCUGAUGCAGCUCUGACCAGUGGUGAUGAGAAUGGUCUCACCCAGACACACAGGCACCGCAAGGGUAUCUUAAAGAACCGUCUCGGCUGUCCUCCAGCCCUCCAGGGUCUAUCCACUGUGGGCCGAGUCCCCAGUGAGCUUAACUGGUACAGAACCUCCACUCUGGGUCACAGAGGUGUCCCUGCUGCCUCCUACGGCCGCAUGUACUCUGCCACUUCUGGUGCUGGUGGAGGUACGGGCUCUCUUUCACAGCCAGGUUCACGCUACUCCUCCAGGGAGCAUCUGGACUCACUUGCCAGGAGGCAGCUGUCCAGAGAUCCACUUGGCAGGCAGACGGUCGGGGGAUCAAGGGAUCGACUGGACUCUCGGGGUUCCAGGGACAAUCUGGAUCUCUUACCCAGGAGAAGAGAGCUGGGGCUGGGACAGGGAACGGGGCUGGGGGGCCUGGGACUCGAACACCAGCGAGUCUCCUCAUCUAGAGAAAAUUUGACAGGAUCCAGGGACAGACUGGACAACCAUCACACGGGCAGUGUCCAUGCCUCCAGAGAGGACUUGAGUGGAAAUGGGGGGGCUGUUGGAGUGGAAAUUGACGGAUACCUCAGUGGAUCGAGGUCGCAGCUGAACACGCAGACUCGACGGCAGACCUCAUCCCGCGAGCACCUAGCAGGGUCGAUGAUGAGCAGCAGGUCCAGGGAUCAGCUGGACACCAACGGAGUGGGAGCCCUGGCUCAACCGUGUCGCGAGUGGCUUCGUACUCUGCCUCCCCGUCAGCCCUCACACCCUGACCAGCCUCCCUCCUCCUCUCCUCCUCCCCCAAUCUCUGAGGAGCCUCAGCAAGAGCAAGUCCCUCCUCCAGGUCAUGUGAGAGGACGACUGGACUCAGCUCCUCCAUGUAGGUAUCCUGGUCAGACUGUUCCCCAGGUCACAGGUUCAACUUUAAACCCACUAGGUCGACAGCCAUCUAGUGAACACCUGGACAUUCUGUCCUCCAUCCUAGCAUCUUUCAAUCCCACUGUCCUCACUCCUCCUUCCGCCGCCUCUAACCCAGGACCAAAUGGCUCCGCCCAUGGACCCUCCCCCCCUCCAUCACAGUCUGCCACCUCCCACAGCAUCUCUGAAGUCUCCCCUGACUCCGAAGCCAACAGAAGUGAAGGACAGUCUUGAUGACAGCCUCCAUAACCCUUUAUGCAUUGAGGUAGUGCCCAUCUGAUACAAGCUCCGAUGUCAUAAAUGGUCCUGAACCACUGAGACGUCAGAGGAUUGGAAACAAACUUGAGGCAGGAGAGACACAGACUGGAUAAAGACAGAGAGUUUGCUUGUUGAGUUUAAGAUCAUGUUUGUGGGCAGAAUGUACUGUAAAAAAUAAGUUUUUGAGUCUUUCAGCCUUCAAUAGUCUUUCUCUGGACAAUACGACAACCACCUCUACUACCUAAAAACUGUUAAACACAAACUCCUCAGAUUUCCAACUCAAAUGUCAGUCUAAUCCAGACAAUAUCUGUCUAAAAGAAAAAAAGAAAAGACUGUAAAUAACAUUUUUUAUACAUUUUGUAUCUUUUUCAUUGGAGAUGAAGAAGAAAUCUCUUGUGAUGUUUUCCUUUUUUUAAAAUGAUUGUGUCCAUGUGAGGUUGUGAGUGAGGUUGGUACGAGUGCAGCGUUGUUUGUUGCUGAGGGAACCGUUUUCCCCUGCAAUGGAAAAAGACCCAGUAAAACCUAAAUUUUCUCCCCCCCCGAAAACAGUUUUCCUCAGAGACUUUUCUGCAAACUCACCAACUUUGUGUAUACUAACGUCAUGGGCCCAGCAAUAGUAUCUGAUGAGAUUGUCAAAACACAAAAUGUGACCGAAGGCAGAAUAUCAAAGUAAUGAAAAGUGAUUGUAAAUAGAGGAAGGGAUUAUAUUAAGAGAAGAGAUUUGAUGGGGUGAAAUGAUUGUGCAGAAUAAGAUAAAACAUCACAGGACGUUGGUGCUUCAGCUGUUAAAAGUUCAGUCACAAGUGUCAAAUGAUCAGCUCUUUCAGGAGAAUUUGCUGUUUUGUGAUCCACUGUAUAUGAAAGUGACCUUGUCAUUUGUCGGUGUGUCUUUGUGCCUGGUGCUGUCUGAACCACAACAUAUCAGUAAACUGAAAUGACAAGACCAUAUCUUCAGUAUUUUGGGGACCUGUCAGGUGAAAGUAGAUGUAACGUGUAACAACCAUUGAAGGCUCCUCAAGGCAUUCUGAAUUUUUGAUGCAUCAUGACCACAGAACAAACUGAAUGUUUUUACGCAGCAUCCAGAAGACGUAUCUAUCGAAGCUUCUUGAGCAGAAAUUUGUGCAAAUCCAAGCCAAAGGGACAAGUGCUUAAAAUCACUUUAGAGCAUUCCACAUUUUCUGUGAUGAAAUUAACGUGUGCAGUGAAAACUAUAGAUGUAAUUCAGUUUUAUUUGAAUGAUUUUUCCUUUUAUUGACUGUUUGUGCCAUUGAAAUGCAUUAAGAUUCGUUUGUAAUCGGACCAAUCAGUCUUUGCCUAAGUGUAUAUCAUCAGCUCAUGUCUGUAACACAUGAAUCCAUGCCAUACUUGUUUUAACUUGCUAAGCAAAACACCGGUGCUAGGAAUUUACCUCAGAGUAUCAGUUAUCUAUGGCACACUUCACAGUUUAAAAUUGGUUCAGUGAAACAUCCAACAUUUUAUGUCAUCACUGAAGAGGUCCACAUCACAACACAGUGAUGCAGAUUUGCUGUCAUUGUUUAAGCUGCUGUAAGGAGAUGAGAUCCAGCAUUGCUUCUGCAGCAUGUCACUAGCUUGCAGAGGAGAAGACAAGAGAGAAAAGUAGACGAGAUGCCAGUUAUGUCAGUGAUAAAAAGCCUCUUAAGUGGUUUUGAGAUGCAGGUCUUUCCGUGAGCAGCUGCAAACACUGAAUUCAGGCAUGAAGGAAACAUCACACAAACAUUUGUAAGCAGAGAAGACAGUCACCAAUCUGGAGAGGGAUUAAAACAUUUUGAAUAACAAAAAUAUUUUUUUAGCAAAAAGGGAAAAAAAAAGCCUGAAUGAGUUUUUCUGCUCCGCCGAAUUAUGUUUUCUGUGUCUAAACUGAAACUUCUGAAAUCCUUGUGGCUGACAGGUAGGAAAUACUUGAGAAGGGCAAGAGAAGAAUUGAAGAUAGAACAUUGGAAUAAAUCAACACAAUAAGUGUAAAUAAAAAAUGCAACUUUGGAUGGAGGACAAAUUAGGGAGAAAACCAUGAUGGUGCAUAACAUAACCACAGAGGGGGACGGUGUGGACCUUAAUUAUUACGAAGAAUAAAAGAACACAGAGAGACGGACGGACACACAGACAGUGGAAAUAAACAUACACUUCUCCUAAGUGCAUAUCUCACUGCUCUGAUUGUUGCUCUGUCAUUUCCAUGUCAGUGGGAUGUGACAUGUGAACCUAUUCAUGACAACAUUGUUGGUAAAGUGUGCUCCUGCAAGAGAACUCCACUGACUCUCCUCUUCUUACACCAAAAAACAGGUCAAUUCCCCUCUGUCUCUAUCAUUGUCAUUUAUUUUUUCACAGAAACACAUUUCUUCUGAUAAUACCUUUAACUUGUACAGACAUGAGAUUUAUUUUAUUUAUUUAUUUAUUUAUUUAUUUAUUUAUUUAUAAUUCACUGGAUUAAUUAUUUAUGUCGCUAUUUUGUACGAGAGGUGUUGUUAAAGAUUUAUUUAUAUGUGUUUUGUUUGUUUUUUUGCUCCAAUGAUGCUUUUGUUUACAUGUAAUGUUUUCUUAGGAUCUUGGGUUUCUCACUGCAACAACUUCACAGAUGGAGGACAAGAAAGGAAAGGAAAUGUUUUGGUUGAAAUGUCUAUUUACACACAGAAUUACAAUCAAAUGUAGAAAAAAGUAUUUACUGAGCUUUCAAAUUAAAAAAAAAGAAAAUUGGAUUUAAAAGGUUAAUAAACUGGUUUUCUUUACUGACUCUCAGGUGCAGAUGGCUGGAAUAAUAUUCAUUCAGGCCAGACAUUUUUACAUGUAACAGAGGAAAAACACAGGUAGAAAUAAUGUUAUCAGGAACACCUGUGCCUUUCCCACUGUGACAGUCAAUGCCUGCUGUGAAUUGUCUCCAGACAGAAUGUCAAAACAUGUAAACACAUCUGUACCUUUUAAAGCUUAAUCCUGGUGUAAAUAGUUCAGUUAAAUCCCAGAUCAAACCUUUUUUCUCCCCCCACCACAUUUAGAGUUCCAAGGCUGAAGCUUCACAAGCACAACAUCAGCUUAUUGACUGGUUAUGUAUCGGCUUUAACACGCGCAGACUGCUGUGAAUACAAUGAUAAAAAGAAACUGCAGCUUCAGCUUAAUGUAGUUUGGACUAAUGCGAGUCAAACAGGUGAGGGAGAUUAAAGAACUGUGAAAAAAGAACAGAAGAAAGAAACGGAGUGAGAACCAACGUGGAGAGCAGGAGGAGGAGUUGGAGGGAUGACAGAUUGUCUUUGUUGACUUGUGUGUUUCUUAUGGGAUGGCUUCUAUCCCGCCGUCAACAAGGGGACGGCAGCAUGGAAACAGCUUUUCCCUGUUGCAGCAGAAACAAGAAAAAUGUUGGACAUUAAAAAAAAACGACUUAUUCCUAAAA